AUGGUUGCCAGAGAAAACAGGUGCAAAAACUGUAGCGGAGCCUGGUUGAAAAAUUCAAGGGAUAGUAAGGAACAGGUGUGGGUGGAGGAGGAGUGCCAGGAAAUAAAAGCUGAAACUGAAAAGCAAAGUCCACCUCACGGAGAAGCAAAAACUGGAUCAAGCACUCUUCCACCAGUGAAAUCAAAGACAAAUUUUAUUGAAGCAGACAAGUACUUCUUACCUUUUGAGUUGGCAUGUCAGUCCAAAUGUCCCCGCAUAGUUAGUACUUCACUAGAUUGUUUACAGAAACUUAUUGCUUAUGGACAUUUAACUGGCAAUGCCCCAGAUAGUACGACACCAGGCAAAAAAUUAAUUGAUAGAAUUAUUGAAACAAUAUGUGGCUGUUUCCAAGGUCCUCAAACAGACGAAGGAGUUCAGUUGCAGAUAAUAAAGGCUUUACUUACUGCAGUAACAUCUCAACACAUAGAAAUUCACGAAGGAACUGUACUGCAAGCUGUAAGAACAUGUUACAAUAUCUAUCUAGCAAGCAAAAAUCUUAUCAAUCAGACAACAGCCAAAGCUACUCUUACUCAGAUGUUGAAUGUUAUCUUUGCACGUAUGGAAAACCAAGCAUUGCAGGAAGCCAAACAAAUGGAAAAAGAACGGCAUCGGCAGCACCACCUGCUGUUGCAGUCUCCAGUAAGCCAUCAUGAGCCUGAAUCACCUCAACUCAGAUAUCUACCACCUCAGACUGUUGAUCAUAUAUCCCAACAACAUGAAGGGGACCUUGAUUCCCAUACAAAUGAUGUGGAUAAAAGCCUUCAGGAGGACACUGAGCCUGAAAAUGGAUCUGAUCUUUCCAGUGCAGAAAAUGAACAGACUGAAGCUGAUCAGGCAACCGCAGCUGAAACCUUAUCUAAAAAUGAUAUCUUAUAUGAUGGAGAAAAUCAUGACAUGGAAGAAAAACCACAUGACAUUGUACAGAGCAUUGUAGAAGAGAUGGUCAACAUUGUUGUUGGAGACAUGGGAGAUGGCACUCCUGUAAGUGCAAACACAGAUGGCAAUGCUGGAACUUUGGAAGACGGGAGUGAUAGUGAGAAUAUCCAAGCAAACGGAAUUCCUGGAACACCAAUUUCUGUUGCAUACACACCAUCUUUACCUGAUGACAGGUUAUCUGUCUCUUCCAAUGAUACUCAGGAAUCUGGAAACUCUUCAGGACCUUCACCUGGUGCUAAGUUUUCCCACAUUUUACAAAAGGAUGCCUUUCUAGUAUUCAGGUCAUUGUGUAAACUGUCAAUGAAGCCACUGUCAGAUGGACCGCCAGAUCCAAAAUCUCAUGAGCUACGAUCCAAGAUUCUCUCAUUGCAGUUACUUCUGUCCAUUCUGCAGAAUGCAGGACCUGUUUUCAGGACUAAUGAGAUGUUUAUUAAUGCUAUUAAGCAGUACCUAUGCGUUGCACUCUCAAAAAAUGGAGUCUCAUCUGUUCCAGAGGUUUUUGAGCUUUCUCUAUCAAUAUUUCUAACUUUGUUAUCAAACUUCAAGACACAUCUGAAGAUGCAAAUUGAGGUAUUCUUUAAAGAGAUUUUCCUGUACAUCUUGGAAACUUCAACCAGCUCAUUUGACCACAAAUGGAUGGUUAUUCAGACCCUGACAAGAAUUUGUGCAGAUGCCCAGAGUGUAGUGGAUAUUUAUGUAAACUAUGAUUGUGAUCUAAAUGCAGCAAAUAUAUUUGAAAGAUUAGUAAAUGAUCUAUCAAAAAUUGCCCAAGGACGGGGCAGUCAAGAACUUGGUAUGAGUAAUGUUCAGGAAUUGAGCCUGAGGAAGAAAGGUUUAGAAUGCCUGGUGUCGAUUCUGAAGUGUAUGGUGGAGUGGAGUAAGGAUCAGUAUGUGAAUCCCAACUCUCAAACAACUCUUGGUCAGGAGAAACCCUCAGAACAAGAGACAAGUGAAAUGAAACAUCCUGAGACAAUAAAUAGAUAUGGCAGUUUAAAUUCUCUGGAGUCAACAUCAUCAUCAGGAAUAGGCAGCUACAGCACACAGAUGUCUGGCAAUGAUAAUCCAGAACAAUUUGAGGUCCUAAAGCAGCAAAAAGAAAUAAUAGAGCAAGGGAUAGAUUUAUUUAAUAAGAAACCAAAGAGAGGAAUACAGUAUCUCCAAGAACAAGGGAUGCUUGGCAUUACCCCUGAAGAUAUUGCCCAGUUCUUACAUCAAGAGGAAAGAUUAGACUCCACUCAGGUGGGUGAGUUCCUGGGAGAUAAUGACAAGUUUAACAAAGAAGUCAUGUAUGCAUAUGUGGACCAACAUGACUUCUCUGGAAAGGACUUUGUUUCAGCCCUUCGCAUGUUUCUGGAGGGGUUCCGUCUCCCAGGGGAAGCUCAGAAAAUUGAUCGAUUAAUGGAAAAAUUUGCUGCAAGAUACCUAGAAUGCAACCAAGGACAAACCCUUUUUGCUAGUGCAGAUACUGCUUAUGUUUUGGCUUAUUCAAUUAUCAUGUUGACCACAGAUCUUCACAGUCCACAGGUUAAAAAUAAAAUGACAAAGGAGCAGUACAUUAAGAUGAAUAGAGGAAUCAAUGAUAGCAAAGACCUUCCUGAAGAGUAUCUGUCAGCCAUCUACAAUGAAAUAGCCGGGAAAAAGAUAUCCAUGAAAGAAACUAAAGAACUCACCAUCCCGACAAAGUCGAGUAAGCAAAAUGUUGCCAGUGAAAAACAGAGAAGACUUCUGUAUAACUUAGAAAUGGAGCAGAUGGCCAAGACAGCGAAAGCGCUCAUGGAGGCUGUGAGCCACGUCCAAGCACCUUUUACAAGUGCCACACACUUGGAGCAUGUGAGGCCCAUGUUUAAGUUGGCUUGGACACCUUUUCUGGCUGCAUUCAGUGUGGGGCUACAAGAUUGUGAUGAUACUGAAGUAGCCUCUCUUUGCCUGGAAGGUAUAAGAUGUGCAAUCAGAAUUGCGUGCAUUUUCAGCAUUCAGCUGGAAAGAGAUGCGUAUGUCCAGGCACUGGCAAGAUUUACCUUACUCACAGUGAGUUCUGGUAUUACUGAAAUGAAGCAGAAGAAUAUUGACACAAUAAAAACACUCAUCACAGUGGCUCAUACGGAUGGAAAUUAUUUAGGAAAUUCAUGGCAUGAGAUUCUGAAGUGCAUCAGUCAGUUGGAGCUGGCACAGCUUAUAGGAACUGGAGUGAAGCCCCGGUACAUUUCUGGAACAGUGCGCGGCAGAGAAGGAUCUCUUACUGGAACAAAAGAUCAGGCACCUGAUGAAUUUGUGGGCCUAGGACUAGUUGGAGGAAACGUGGACUGGAAGCAAAUAGCAAGUAUUCAGGAAUCCAUUGGAGAAACCAGUUCUCAGAGUGUUGUUGUUGCUGUAGAUAGGAUAUUUACAGGGUCAACAAGGCUAGAUGGAAAUGCUAUUGUGGAUUUUGUUCGUUGGCUCUGUGCUGUGUCCAUGGAUGAAUUACUUUCCACUACACAUCCAAGAAUGUUUAGUCUACAAAAAAUAGUAGAAAUAUCAUACUACAACAUGGGAAGAAUAAGAUUGCAGUGGUCUCGAAUUUGGGAGGUUAUUGGAGAUCACUUUAAUAAGGUUGGCUGUAAUCCUAAUGAAGAUGUAGCGAUUUUUGCAGUAGACUCCUUGAGGCAAUUGUCAAUGAAGUUUCUAGAGAAGGGGGAGCUUGCUAAUUUCAGAUUCCAGAAGGAUUUCUUAAGGCCUUUUGAACAUAUAAUGAAACGAAAUAGAUCUCCCACAAUUCGAGAUAUGGUUGUACGAUGUAUAGCACAGAUGGUUAAUUCUCAAGCUGCUAACAUUCGUUCUGGAUGGAAGAACAUUUUCUCUGUGUUUCAUCUCGCUGCAUCUGAUCAAGAUGAAAGUAUAGUGGAACUUGCAUUCCAAACAACAGGACACAUUGUCACUCUUGUGUUUGAAAAACACUUUCCAGCAACCAUCGAUUCGUUUCAGGAUGCAGUGAAGUGUUUGUCUGAAUUUGCAUGUAAUGCCGCCUUCCCAGACACAAGUAUGGAAGCAAUUCGACUUAUUCGCCAUUGUGCAAAAUAUGUGUCUGAUAGACCUCAGACUUUCAAGGAAUACACAAGCGAUGAUAUGAAUGUGGCGCCUGAAGACAGGGUGUGGGUGAGAGGAUGGUUCCCAAUUCUCUUUGAAUUAUCCUGUAUCAUCAAUAGAUGCAAAUUAGAUGUAAGAACCAGGGGCUUAACAGUAAUGUUUGAAAUAAUGAAAACAUAUGGCCACACUUAUGAAAAGCAUUGGUGGCAGGAUUUAUUUCGAAUUGUUUUCCGAAUCUUUGACAACAUGAAGUUGCCAGAACAGCAGACAGAGAAAGCUGAAUGGAUGACAACUACUUGCAACCAUGCACUGUAUGCGAUCUGUGAUGUGUUCACCCAGUAUUUAGAAGUGCUCAGUGAUGUGCUUUUGGAUGAGAUCUUUGCACAACUAUACUGGUGUGUCCAGCAAGACAAUGAGCAGUUAGCACGAUCUGGUACAAACUGCUUAGAGAAUGUUGUUAUUCUGAAUGGUGAAAAAUUUACCCUAGAAAUCUGGGAUAAAACUUGUAACUGCACAUUGGAUAUCUUCAAGACCACAAUCCCACAUGCGCUCUUGACCUGGCGCCCCACCUCUGGAGAAACUGCUCCCCCAUCACCAUCUCCUGUGAUUGAAAAACAAUUGGAUACACUAUCACAGAAAUCUGUAGAUAUUCAUGAUUCUGUUCAACCAAAGUCUACGGAUCAUAGACAGCUGACUCCAGUGGCUUCUGUCUCUACGAUGAAUGAAGAGGUCAGCAAAAUUAAACCUACAUCAAAAUUUCCAGAACAAAAACUGUUUGCUGCCCUGUUGAUUAAAUGUGUUGUGCAGCUGGAACUCAUCCAGACUAUAGACAACAUUGUGUUCUUCCCGGCCACGAGUAAGAAGGAAGACGCAGAGAACUUAGCUGCUGCACAGAGAGAUGCAGUGGACUUUGAUGUUCGAGUUGAUACGCAAGACCAAGGAAUGUACCGCUUUUUAACAUCACAGCAGCUGUUUAAAUUACUGGACUGCUUAUUAGAGUCGCAUAGAUUUGCCAAAGCAUUUAAUUCAAACAAUGAACAGAGGACAGCUCUGUGGAAAGCAGGCUUCAAAGGCAAGUCCAAACCCAACCUUCUGAAGCAGGAAACCAGUAGCUUGGCUUGUGGGCUGCGCAUCCUCUUCCGGAUGUACACGGACGAGGGCCGGGCCAGCGCCUGGGAGGAGGUCCAGCACCGACUGUUAAACGUCUGCAGUGAAGCACUGAGCUACUUCCUUACUCUCACGUCAGAGAGCCACCGAGAAGCUUGGACAAAUUUGCUGCUUUUGUUCCUAACUAAAGUUCUAAAGAUAAGUGAUAAUAGGUUUAAAGCUCAUGCAUCAUUCUACUACCCUCUCCUGUGUGAAAUUAUGCAAUUUGACUUGAUUCCUGAACUUCGUGCUGUUCUUAGGAGAUUUUUUAUGCGAAUUGGAGUCGUUUUUCAGAUCUCACAACCACCUCAACAGGAAGCUGGAAUAAGCAAGCAAUGAUGGGCACUGUUGCUCUGCGGUGGUGGUGUUAUUGUUGGCGUUACAUCCUUCUUCUCUUUCAGUGGACUCUGGAGCUGCAGUUCUCUGAAUUGUUUGUCUAAGGGUUACUGGUAAAAAAUGCGUUAGAACUAUAACGUCACACUUGCAACACUCCAGCCCCUUUGAGUGACUGAUGGACUCACUGUGCGGUGUUGGGCUCCUUGAACAGGAGACUUGGGUCAACAGCACCCUCUCUCCUCCGUGAUAGGAAAGGCCCCGUGUAUUUAUGGCAGGUGCGGAAGGUUUUGAAACUUACCCAAAGAACUAUAGUUGUAAAGAUUUGAACUUCUGCAAGAAGUACAACUCAGGAGAGCUGUAUUUUGAAGGAUAAAAUGUUUAUAACUAGGGGGGACAGGGGACGAAGAAGAAAUUAUUGUUCAUGGUAAAGAUAUUUAGCAACUGUGGUAUUCUUAUUCUGAAGAUUUUUGCACACUCAGGCUCCCUGAGAUACUGGUAAUCAUCCUUCUGUGAAAAAAUGUACAGAGAUGCAGGUCUGUAAUAUAAACCUCUCAAACAUUAUAGAGUUCAUCCUGCACUGUUUUAUUUUAUUUCUUUAUUUUCAUAUUCCUUUGCUAAAUGCCCAUAAUAUUUUGUCAAAUGCACUAAACGUUUGGGUUGAACUUUUUUAUUUUGCGGGGACUUUUUGGUUUUGCCCUUUUGGCUGGGGGUGGGGGGCGGUGAUCCUUUUGAGGGCUGAAUAUGCCCAGAAGCUGUUGUGGUGGACACUUGUCAAGACCGACAACAGAAAAGAAAAACAUAAAUGGUAGAAAAUAUCGCUACUGACCUAACUACCUGUAAUAUGCUUCUCUUAGGGCUUUUAAAGAUGAGCCAUUAAAAUAUAAUGAUCUUUCAUGGACUGAAACUUGAAUCACUGCAAAAUAAAUCUAGGUUGCUGUAACUUUUUUUCUCUUUUCUUUUGGGUGGGGUGGGGUGGGGUGGGUGGAGCUUGAUGUAGAUUUUACUCUGUACAGAAUUUAAUGUUGAAUAUAUUAAAAUAAAUCCGGCAUGGUUUGGGAGUGGUUAAGCUUACUGGAAAUGUAUUCAUACUGUGAAUUGUGAUGGUUAAAAAGACAAGCUUGUCAAGCAUUCCGUAUUAACAGUGGUGUAGAAAAUUUCUCAGAUGGAUAAAAUGUAUAUGGUACAGAUGUAAAGUUUUCUAUGUAAAAAAAUUCUGUACAACUUUCUGUACAAUAUUCUCAUCUGGCAUAUUCUAAUCAGGUUAUAGGUCAAUAAAGUUUUUGAAUAUUUCAUCAUUGCAAUCAA